GGUAACAUAGCAUCAAUCUUUAAUUAGAAAAAGAGAAGUAGAUUCUAUCGAAACAUGAGAGUCGAUAUAGAUGGUUUGGAAGUUAUAUUUCCAUACGAAUUUAUAUAUCCUGAGCAAUAUAAUUAUAUGAAGGAGCUGAAAAAAACUCUUGAUGCAAAGGGUCAUGGUGCAUUAGAAAUGCCAUCAGGAACUGGUAAGACUGUAUCUUUAUUAUCACUUAUUGUUGCAUAUCAAAGGAGGCAUCCAAAUGAUGUAAAUAAGUUAAUUUAUUGCUCAAGAACUGUUCCAGAGAUUGAAAAGGUUUUAGAAGAAUUAAAGUCCUUAAUUGAUUAUUAUCAUAGAAGUGGCAUUGAAAUUAAUUAUUUUGGCUUGGCAUUAUCAUCUCGUAAAAAUUAUUGCAUUCAUCCUGAAGUUAGUAAAGAAAGAAAUGGUAAAAUUGUUGAUGCGAAAUGUUACAAUUUAACAGCUCCAUCAGUUAUAUUAAAUUAUCAAAAAACUAAUGACAAUAAAAACAUUUGUCACUAUUAUGAAAAGUUUGAUUCAUUUGGCAGAAAAGCUUCUAUACCACAAGGUGUUUACAAUAUUGAUGAUUUGAAGGAUUUUUGUGGUAAAAAGGAAUGGUGUCCAUAUUUUAUGGCUAGGCAGUACAUAUACAAUGCUGAUGCAGUGGUAUACAGCUAUAAUUACAUGUUGGAUCCCAAAAUAGCUGAAUUAAUAAAUAAGGAAAUGUCCCGGAAAUCUGUCAUUGUUUUUGAUGAAGCACACAACAUAGACAAUGUUUGUAUCGAAUCACUUAGCAUUAAACUGACUCGUAAAUUAUUGGACAAAUGUGACAGAGGCCUGACUGUCCUCGAUAAAACCAUAGAAGAUCUAAAAAUCUCGAACGCCGAUAAGCUCAAUCAAGAAUACGAGAGUCUAGUCGAGGGCCUCAAAAAAACCUUGCAAAAUCGAGAGAUUGACAUUUAUACGUGGAACGACCCGGUUAUAUCUCAAGAUAUUUUGCAAGAAUCCGUACCCGGUAGCAUCAGAAAAGCAGACCAUUUUGUCAAAUUUAUGAAAAGAUGGCUAGAAUACAUUAAAUACAGGCUCAGGGUGCAGCACGUUGUGCAAGAAAGUUCAGCCUCUUUUCUCAAGGAUUGCUAUGAUAAAGUUUGGAUCGACAGAAAACCCUUGAGGUUUUGCUCCGAAAGAUUGAGAAGCCUAAUGCAUACUUUAGAAUUUCCGGAUCUAACCGAUUUAUCACCACUUACAUCGAUAGCUAACUUUGCAACACUUAUUAGCACAUAUACAAAGGGAUUUAGCACUAUAAUCGAACCCUAUCAAGACAGAAGCCCCACCGUCCUGAAUCCCAUUCUGUAUUUUACUUGUUUAGAUGCCUCUAUAGCUAUAAAACCUGUAUUCCAACGUUUUCAAACCGUCAUAAUUACCUCUGGGACUCUUUCGCCUAUCGAAAUGUACCCUAAAAUAUUGAAUUUUCAUCCCGUAUCGAUGACCUCCUUUUCUAUGACUCUCGCUAGAAUAUGCAUUUGUCCUCUCAUUGUAACCAAAGGAAAUGAUCAGACAAUUUUAACCUCGAAAUUUGAAUCAAGGGACGAUAUAGGUGUUAUUCAAAAUUACGGUAAUUUGCUGGUUCAAUUAUCCGAAAUUGUACCCGAUGGUAUAGUCUGUUUUUUCACUAGCUAUCUCUACAUGGAAAAAGUUGUGGCAACUUGGUUAGAACUGGGAUUGAUAAACAAAAUGCAGAAAAAUAAACUGCUAUUUUUGGAAACUCCCGAUGCCUCAGAAACGAGCCUAGCAUUAUACAAUUACCAAAGAGCCUGUGAAAAUGGAAGAGGGGCCAUUAUGCUUUCGGUCGCCAGGGGUAAGAUAUCGGAAGGAAUAGAUUUCGACCACCAUUUCGGUAGGGCUGUGGUAGUGUUCGGAGUUCCAUAUAUGUAUACGCAAAGCAAGGUUUUGAGAGCUAGACUCGAUUACCUUCGGCAAAAUUUUGGCAUCAGGGAAUCCGAUUUUUUGACAUUCGAUGCCAUGAGACAAGCUGCUCAAUGCCUGGGCCGUGCCCUGAGAGGCAAAAAUGAUUACGGAAUAAUGAUCUUGGCAGAUAAGAGAUUUUCAAGGAUGGACAAGCGUUCAAAAUUGCCAACUUGGAUACAAGAAUACAUAUCUGAAUCUGUUACCGAUCUUGCAAUCGAUGAGGCAAUAUCCAUAAGUAAAAAGUUUUUAAAGCUGAUGGCGUUACCUCUUUCUCAAGCUGAUCAAUUAGGUAUCUCUUUACUCAAUUCACAACAAUUGGAGAUGUUAAAAUUGAAGGAAACCAAAGAUACUGUCGUUAUGAAUUAAUUUAAUGUAUAUAUUAUUUAUAAACUAAGAAAAAUCAUGUGAAUUGUACC